AGACAGUGAGCGAGGGAGACAGCGGCGAGGAGGCAGCACAUCACACCAGGCGCCGUUUUGCAUCCAAAUAAUAAUAAGAAGAAUAAUAUUGUUGACGCGGGUCAGUCGCUACAUCGGCUCCUGCUGGUGACCGCCGAGUCCCCCUUCCCGGUCACCGCUCUUCCCAGAGACCGCAGAGGAGGCAUCAGCAAGCGGGGACAAAUCACUGACAAAGACUAAAAAAGCCCACAUCAACAGAGCAACGCAUACACCGCCAGAGGCGGCGAGCGGACCUCUGUGCCGGGGAACCUGCAACGCGGAGAGGCGUCUUCCUUCCACGCGGGCGUCUGGAGCAGGUUCUUUCACAUCCAAUUGUACGCCGGCCAGCCUACUCCAUUAGAGGAACAGAAUGUCAGAGGAGCUUGGCGUGGGCCUGUGAUGUGAAAAGCGCGCGAGGGGCGAAGGCUCGGCCGGUUCGAAGUGGACCUCCAUCUGCAAAGGGAGGAGUUCUCACAGCGAGUACACAGCGGCGCACAAUGAGGAAGAAAGAAAAGGGGAGCUUGUCCAAUCAGAGAUGCAGAUGGCCACAGAAGACAUGAGCACCAGCCAAUCUGGCACCGGGACGACUUGCACUUGCCAGUUUAUACAUAAUAUAUCAAAUGUGACCCCCUAAUUAAAAAAUUGAUACAGCUUACCUACGUACUGCCAGUGGAGUGAUACGCACAGUUCCUGCAAUUAUUUCUACUUUAAUUCUUAAUUAAGUCUAACACAGCAACAUAUUUAAAUAUUUUCAAAGAAGCAGGAAAAAUCUUAACAGGAACAUGAACAUUUAUUAUGCUGUGACUAAACCGAAAACAGCAGUCGCAACCGCACAAAUCUAAACCCACGACACAUAAAAACACAACCCUGACCCCCUUUUUUCUGAUGGCGCAAGCCUGCAAGAAUAAAUGUUAGAUGGCGAGAAUCUGUGGGCAGCUUUCUCCAGCGGAUACUGCGAUGGCAUCCCAAAUGGCCCAGGGCUCAGAACUGGGACGUCAGAGACAUAGCACGACUAGAGGUUCUUCAUCAGCGGUCUUGUCCACAGUCGGCUCCUUCCUCUGUUGGCUCGCCCUGCUGUCAGUGAUGCGGUUGCCAAUGGUAACAGCUGACUGCUGGCUUAUCGAAGGGGAGAAAGGCUUCGUGUGGCUGGCGAUCUGCAGUAUGAACCAGCCUCCCUAUGAGGCCAUUCCUUCCCACAUUAACAGCACCAUCGUUGACCUGAGGCUGAAUGAGAACAAGAUACGGUCGGUCCAUUACUCCUCGCUCAGUCGCUUUGGCAACCUCACCUACCUGAACCUCACCAAGAACGAUAUCAGCUACGUGGAAGACGGCGCGUUCUCAGCACAAUUCAACCUGCAGGUUCUCCAGAUGGGCUUUAACAAGUUGAGGAACCUUACAGAGGGGAUGCUGAGGGGCCUGGGCAAGCUGCAGUAUCUCUACCUGCAAGCCAACCUCAUCGAGACCGUUACACCCAACACCUUCUGGGAAUGUCCCAACAUAGAGAACAUAGACCUCUCCAUGAACAGGAUCCAGGUGUUGGACGGCAGUUUGUUCUCUGGACUCUCCAAGCUGACGACGUGUGAGCUCUACACCAACCCUUUCAACUGCUCCUGUGAGCUACUGGGCUUCCUGCGCUGGCUCUCGGCCUUCCCCAACAGGACCAGCGAGAGGAUGGUGUGCGACUCCCCUCAAGGAUUCUCUGGCUACAACCUCCUGAGCCAGAACCCUCGCAUGCCCAUGCAGCGCAACGCCCUGCACGUGCUCAGUCUUGUGUGCACAGACGACGGCAGCAGCAUGACGCCCUUCUACGUCAUCGAUUCCACCACCCUGUCCCCGGAUUUUGCCUCCCCCUGCGGCCUGGACGACUGUGCUUCUGGGACCCCUCCCGAUGAGGUGAUCAGCUUUAGCCCCAUGUCACCCGACGUCAAGCCGGUCAUGCAGAUAAAGCAUGUGAAACAUUCAAGUGCCGUGAUAACGGUUCAGAUUCCCCAUCCGUACAAAAAAAUGUACAUCCUGAUGCUUUACAACAACAGCUUCUUCACAGACAUACAGAAUCUGAAAAAUAAGAGGGAAGAUAUCGAGCUCAAGAACUUGAAACCUAACACUGACUACACGUACUGCGUGGCCUCGAUACGAAACUCCCUGCGCUUCAACCACACCUGUCUGACCAUCUCCACCGGCCGCCGAGCCGGAGCUGAGAGGAUAGCCAAUCAGUCUUCGGCCACCCACUACAUCAUGACUAUUUUGGGCUGUCUGUUUGGCAUGCUGCUCUUCCUCGGCCUUGUUGUACACUGCCUGAGGAAGAAAAGGAUCAUGGAGGCGAAGGAGAGGAAGAUGAGCAGGAUCCAAAGGACUUUGAUAGAGCUCAAGUACGGUGGAGAGGGGGAUAUAGAGGGGGGUAGCGGGGGUUCUGUUUCCCAGAAGCUCGCCACGGGGGACAGUCUGUCCAGAAUGCCCUACCUGCCUCAGGGAGGUGAGAUAGAUCCAUACAAGCUUCAGGAGGUAAUAGAAACACCAGCGCACAAGCCUGCUAAACUGAACUACAUGGAGGUAAGAGGCUCCGGCAUUGAGAGGGAGAGGGAGAGGGAGAGGGAGCGAGAGAGAGAAAGGGAAAUGUCACCACAAGCAAAUCCCCAGGGCUCAGUGGCAGAGAUCUCUACCAUCGCGAAGGAGGUGGAUAAAGUUAACCAGAUCAUCAACAACUGCAUAGAUGCCCUAAAAUCUGAGUCUACUUCCUUUCAGCAGGGGAUCAAAUCCCCCUCGUCUGCAGGUGGAGGAGCUGUUUCUACUGCAGAGCCACAGCUGGUGCUUCUGUCUGAGCAAGGAGAGAGGGUAGAAAGAGGAGGCGAGUUCCUCUCCCCGGUGUAUAAAGGAGGGAGGGGAGGGAGAGACGAGAGGGGUAGGAGCUAUCAUCAUUCACUGCAGCGACACCACAGCAUGGAGGCUCCGCCAACCUCCAAAAGACCCAGCACCUCCUCUUCGCCUGGCUCUGCCCGGAGCCCUCGCUCCUUCCGCUCGGAGGGAGGGUACCACUCAUCAGAGACCCGCUACAUUGAGAGAACCUCACCCGGAGAGCGAGGAGAAAGGGGAGAAAGGGGAGAAAGGAGCGAAAGGGGCGAAAGGGGCGAAAGGGGAGAAAGGGGAGAAAGGGGCGGCGGCGGGGGAGGAGAGGCCAUUCGUACGGUAACCCCCGCGGCGGCUAUCCUACGAGCCGAAGCCCAGAGAAUCCGCCAGUACAAUGAACACCGCCACUCCUAUCCCGGAUCUCAGCAGCAUCUCCAGGAGCUGCAGCACCAUCCCCAGAUCCUCCAGGAGCUCCACCACCACCCGGGAGGGCGCAAGCCGUCUGUAUUAGACCCCAUCACUCUCAGCAGGCAGGCGAAGCAGCGAGAGUUAGCCUACUCCCAGCUCUCGCCGCACUACCCGCUCUCGCCCCAGUACCACAACCUUAGCUACUGCUCCAGCCCCGACGAAGACGAGGAGGAGGAAGGGCUACUCUGUACCCCGACCCUGGGGCUGUGGGAGAGGUUCAAACUGCACCGCAAGAGGCACCGGCAGGCGUCCAUGGAGGACGAGGGAUACGUGGCAGCCGGGCACGCGCUGAGGCGAAAGGUUCAGUUCGCCAAAGACGAAGAUCUUCACGACAUUCUGGACUACUGGAAAGGCGUGUCAGCCCAGCAGAAGGCCUGAGAAACCCAAACACUUAGGAGAUGGGAAAAUAACAACAUGGCAUCCACAGCGUAUGGACACAGACCUAUUCAAUAAAGAUCUGUAAAUACACACAACUUACAUAACCUACACACACACACACACACACACACACACACACACAAGCUCAUAAUUGACACAAAUUAAGCCUUUUCUUGUAAGAACAUGGAGGAGGACCAAACUAAUAUAUUGGACAAAAUAUUAACUUAUAGAGACUGAGUUACUUUUUGUAAUGUAAUGGAAAUUAUAGCUCAGAAUUAUGUAGCUAUUUGUACUAAGUUUUGAAUGAAGAACAACAACAACAACAACAACAAAAAAAAAAUAUGAAUAGAAACCUUAAACGUUGCCGGGCAACCCAUCCUGACCAACCCAGCCAUGCUUUUUAAUCUAUCCAGAGACUGACAUCCAUCAAACCUGGCCACGGCAACGAACGAGUAACGAGAAUCACUACGGUGGUGCAUUGAUCAAGAUUUUGCUUUUUAGUGGCGAGGUUGUUUUUUUUUUUUGUUUUUGUUUUUGUUUUUAUUUGCAUCGCGUCCUGCGAUCCAGCCACGAGAGCAGACAUCUUGGGGGGGAAAAAAAUAAAAAUAAAAAAUAAAAAAAUUGCUGGGAUUCUGGUGAUUGAAGACAUUAAAACAACCAAUUCUGGAUGGGUCGCCAGGCAACAGUAACAUCUAACUGUGCUGAGAACGAGUAGGUAGCUCUCACCAGAGAGUGAGUAUAAUGUGCCAAAAUCCACAAUGGGGAUAGUGGAGUCCUACUGUGUACCAACUUCUCCUCACCACUGUUUUUAUAUACAGAAUUUAAAAAAAAAAAAAAAGAACUACUAUGAUAUGUUGUUAUUACUAUUCAUUAUUCUUAUUACCAUUACUGGUCUUCUUAUUAUUCCUAUGAUCCUCUUCAUUAAUAUUCUGUUAUUUGAAUAUGGCAUGGCUCUGUCAUGUGACUGUGUUCUUGACUGUUUUAAAUCGCUCAGCUGGGAGGUGCACACGGUUACGACGGACGAGACACUUGAGUUUCUCCUUUUCUAUCGAGAGGAAUGACGUGCUGAGUCAAAAAAAAAAAAAAAAAAAACGAGCCCGCCUUUUCUCUUGGUGAACCCUCCUCCUCCUCCUCCCCCCGCCCUCCCCGCGACACCCGCUCCUCAUCCUCCUAGAGAGGGAACGCUGUACAGAUGAGAGAGAAGUUCUAUAUUUGCAACAGAGGUGACUGUUUUGUUUGUACAACGUGGUUUUGAAAUAAUCUUUCAGACUUUUCAGAAAACCAGAAUCCCGAGUUAGUUACCUACCUGCUACACUCAACGACGGUACGUUUUUGAUUUUGAAAAAAUUGAACUACAAAUUCUAAUCUUCAAAUGAAUGUCUUUAAUUCCCUUAGGGAAAGCGUAUCUGCACUGUUCAAAAUCAAAAAACGACUCUUAGGAAAAAAAAAAACUCUCAGCUUCCUUCCCGAUACACUGUAGCUCCACUGUGUUUUACCGACAACCUUUUUUUAAAUUUUAUUUUUUUUAUUAUUAUUUUUUAUUUGUUUGCUUUUUCACCCCUCCUCUCCUGUCAUCUCCCAGGUUUUUACCUCUCUCAGUUUUUGGAUUCCUCUGAUUCCACUGUGGUGCCAUCGUGCCAACUUGAUAAAUCACAAAGAAGUAUUUGAAGUGAUUUUGAAUACUGCUUACUUUUACUGACCUCUGCUCCUUCACACACCAUCAGUUUGCCAAAACAAACAAUUUGCACAAAACGAUACCACCACCACCAUUGGCUCACUGCUCCCCUUUCUAUCCUCCAAUCAUUUCUAAGACCAAAGUACUGUGGAAGAAAAUUAACCCUUAUAACAACCCCCCGCCCCAAACCCAACGCAACCAGGACCCAACUACUAUUGACCCACCGUCACCCUUACAGCUACUCCUCCAGCACAUUCAUACGCAAACACACACACACACACACACACACACACACACACACACACACAAGUGUACUCAUGCACACACAGCCACAUGCAGAUGAAUGUAUUCUCUGAGAAGUUUUUAAGCAGCUGGAUUCUGAGCUGCAUUCACACGGCCUUCUGUCGAAAAGCGUACACAAGACGGCCACUUGUGUUUCAGAAUUGGAGCUAAAUAAGGAAUCAUUGGCUUUCUGCAAAACAUUAUCAGACACCGAUGCUCUUGGGCGACCAGUUUAGCUGGUCCCGCACCCCGCGAACUGUCACUUUGAUGUAAUAGCAAUGACGUUUUAUAUGAGAAGUGUUAUGGUAAACAGUGUGAUUAGUAUCACGUAUGUGGUGAAAAGAGACUAUGUGUAUAUCUGAAAUAUUUGCAGGAUUUAAAAUACUGGAGGAAAAAUAAUAUAUAUUAAGAUCAUAUAACUGUAGAUUGUUCUACACACAGAUCUGUGCAACAAGUCAUUUAAGAAGACCGCGAACCAGGGAUGGAGUCAAGAGAGUUUCAAUUCAGCCAUCAGUUCAAUUUAUAAUUACAAAUGAAUUGCGCCCUCUUUGCUUUCUGAUUUGAAACAGAGUUGACUCCAACCUUGAACACAGACAAAAAAAAAAAAAAAAAAACUACACAAACACGCACCACACAGCCGGUAGACAAUGAAAAGUUUAUUGGGCGAAUGGAAACACUGUAUAAAAUCUUGUUUUCUCUGCUAUAAUGAGUUCAGAAUGCUCAAGUCAUUAAGCCCGGUUAAAGCCAUAAUCGCGGGUUAGUGAAACCACCGCAGCGGUUUGUAGCACUGCAAACGCUCAUUCACGAUGCGCGUUAAAUAAAAAUAUCAAGUGAAAAAAAGGCUGUUUUUCUCUAUCCCCUGACGCUGCAGCGGCUACGAUGCGGCCGCUGCAGCCAACGAUCAGAUCCACAAAGAAACUGAUGAGCCGUGGUUGUUUCUGUAUUACACGUCCCAGAUUGUGGCUUUAACCAAACAACAGCCUUAAAACAUUCAACUUUCUUUAAUCUUUCUAACUUUAACAUUGCUUUGAAAAAUAAUGAAGAAAAAAAAAACAAAUAUAUAUAUAUAUAUAUAUCAGAUUUCUUAACUUAUACUUUCCUGACUGCAAUUUUAUAAUUGCUUGAUUCUUAAGCCUCACUUGAGCAUUCUUUGAAUAACAGUAAUAUCAAUGUAGCGAUGUAUUAAAUUACUGUUUCUGUUUUUUGGUUCCGUUUAUGAACAGUAAGUGACGGCCUGAGUUUGUCAUGUGUCAGAGAGUAGCUCAUCUAGGAUGGUAACGGCGGCACCGCUGACGAUCACCGCUGCUAUUCUUUGAACUGUGAUGAAGAGGAACUGUGCUUUUUGAGACGACGAUGCCUGGAACGUGGAAACAAACUGAGGUCCUACAGACGACGACGACGACAGCGGAGCAUGCUGCGAAGGAAAUCCUCAGCGGGAAAGCUUGUGUUAUAUUCUUCUAGAGAAUGACUCAGGAGCGAGAGAGCGAGAGAGACAGUGAGAAUGCUCUGCCAUAGGAUCUCUCAGAGGCUUUCUUUCUUUAUUUUCUUGUCAAAAUUAAAAAUGAGCACAAUAAAAUAGCCUUCCGUU